AUUCGAGCUUGGUUUUCCAGUCACAACACCGCGACACCAUCUACGCCGAACCCAUCCAGCGACGCCGGACGACAACCGAAGCAUCCAUCUACGUCGGACUGCUCUGCUCUGGAGAAACGAAGGCCGUACCUCGAGGCGCUACUCCUCGUUCCUCGCGACGCCAACCGAAGCAUCCAUCCAACCGAAGUCAGUUCGUCGAGGUGCUUACCCAUCCUCCUGGCUACUCUGCUCCAACUCUACGAGGCGCUGGUCCAAGUUCAACUAAAAAGACGAUAACUUUGAAGCCAUGGUGCGAACAAGUUUAACCGAUCUUGCUAAAAGGGCUCUGGAAUUGCAAAUUCCUGUCUGUGACCACUUCCCUGCUCAAAUAUCACAGUGUUCUGAAUUUAAAGAUGCUACAAAGUUGGUGAAAUCGGGUUUGACUCCUGCGCAGCUUGCUGAGUUUCGAAAGAUGCCGUGGGGCCAUCUUCUUGAUGUGCCAGAGCUUCAAUUCUCAGCGCAAAUUGUCCAUAGCCUCUUGUUGAGACUAGUGUGUGACCAGCCUAACGAUGAACUAUGGUUUUGCGUCAAUGACAAGUUGUUAAGGUUUACCUAUAAUGAUUUUGAACGCAUAACUGGGCUCCGUUCUAUGGGUCCAACUCUGGUCAUCUCCGAUGUAGAUGAAGGUAAUGGGACGUUAAUAGAUAAGUUCUUCGGUGGUGCGAAGGAGAUCAGCUUUGGGACCUUGAUAGCGAAGAUGCA